AUGAAUGGUGUUGGCGCAUGCGCGGAUGCCCUGACCGCCGCCGGAUAUAAGCGCGCGGCACCAACCCAACGCCGCACAACUUUGGCGCGCUCAAACGUUCCCACAGAGGACUUGCGACAGAACCUCCAGGCACAUUAUCGAGAUAGUCCCCCUUCCGCACGUAACGUCCAUCACUGCUUCGCGACUGCACUCCAACUAUCCUCAGAGAUCCAUCCUCAUCAUCUUUGGAUUCACGUCAAAACGGGAACGAAAAUGAUGUGGUGGGCUGUGUGGUGCGUGGCUGUGGUGGCUACGGGGGCUUUAUCGGUGGCGGCACCUUCGGGAAGCGCCCUGGCCCCACUAUCUGCCGUCGACUGGCAGCAGUUUGACGCCUCCAACAGUGAUGACGAGAGCAUGGCUAACGCCUUUGGACCUGUCAGCGGGCGUUACUCGGCGUCCACGCCCUGGUUCUACCUGCUUGCCGACGUCCCAAGGGAGUCUCAGGAUGAAGCUGGGCGGGUGAAGCGACGCAUGCCCUCGCUCUCCAUCGACCUGCCCAUGUCGGUGCUGCGCCACAAGCUGAGCCAAGAGCAGGAACGCAAGGCGCAGGCCCUCAGAGCCGUCGUCAACAGGAACUUCUUGAACGGCAUCGGCAAGCGAGGUUUCCAGUGGGGACCGUUCGAAGAAUCUGGAAGUUUAUAC